GCUCUAACUUUGCCUCCAAAGAGGCGCCUAGGAUGAAGUUUGAUGACUGAGCUGAUGGUUUAAUUGGGUCCAAACUUCGGAACUCAACAUUACCGUAUCGAGCUCAAUAAUUUGUAACCGAAAGAAACCUAAGCAUACAGUCAUCACACUCGUUCAACCAGGACGUGUGUGAGCGAACAUCGGAUCUCGGACCUCUAGAAGCCAACAAAUUAUACGAAAGAAGACUUCUAAUUUCGACCAUAAUUAUUUACAUAGGACAUUAACGUCACGUGUUAUGCAUUAUACACCAAUCUGGUCAACGUUAUUACGGAGUGGAGAAAGAAAAAAACAAAGCCGCGUCUGUUGUCAAUAUAUAAAGUAUAGCACCUGGAAACACUUUCUUCUCAUGAACCUUUUUGGACAAAUAACACAAUACAUAUCUCUAGAUUUGUGUUUAAAAUCUUUUCUUUAUCAGGAAAUAUUUUAUUUUUUCUACAUCGGUCUUUCUCAAUUCGGACAUGGAUGAAGACUUCUUCUUAACCGACUUCUCACUCGAAGACAUUGAUUUCGAUUUUAAUAUUUAUGAAGAAACUAAUGUAUCGCCUGUUGAAGCGAGCAUACAUACAGAAAGAGCUCAGUUUAUUGAGCAUCAAGUUCCUCUUAAUUACCUCAAUGAGAAACCGAAGCCUGUGGUGAAGAUCAAUAACAAGCCACGAGUGAUUUCUUUUGAUUUUUCUAGUAAUGUUUCUUCUUCUCCAGCUAGGGAAGAUAUCAUUAUGGAUCAAUUGGCCAGACGUGGAACCAAAAGAAAAUCAUGUUCUCCUGCCAAAAGAUCUCCAGUUUUCGCCAAAGAACAUGUUAUAGCCGAGAGAAAGCGUCGUGAGAAGCUUUCCGAAAAAUUCAUUGCCCUCUCAGCACUUCUUCCUGGUCUUAAGAAGGCGGACAAGAUUACGGUUCUUGAUGACGCAAUUUCACGUUUGAAACAACUCCAAGAACAAAUAAGAAAGCUCAAGGAAGAGAAAGAAGCAACAAGACAUAUGGAAUCCAUGAUUCUUGUGAAGAAAUCUAAAGUGUUUUUCGACGAAGGAACUUUCCUAUCAUCAUCUUCUUCUUCAGAUCAUGAACAGUUUGGUCAACCGUUGCCAGAAAUAGAGGCUAAAGUAUCCCAAAAAGAAGUUCUAAUCCGAAUCCACUGCGAGAAAAGCAAAGGGAGCAUGAUUGACAUACUAAACACGAUCGAGAAUUUUCAACUGCGUGUCGAAAAUAGUAUUGUAUUGCCAUUCGGGGACUCGAUUCUUGACAUCACCAUCCUUGCACAGAUGGGGAAAGACUUUUCAGUAAGUGCACUUGAGGAUUUUGUAAGGAACCUGAGACUCGCAAUGGUUUAAGCCUUCUUUGAAGUUUCAGUAUCUGUAGAGACUGAAACGACACCAUUUUCUUGGAUUUGCUGUCGUUUUCAUUAUAGGAUUUUUUUUCACACAUGCACUACUACCACGUGUGUUCGGUGCUUGAUGUAUUUCGUAGCGAAGUUCUUGUCUCAAUCAGUGGUUGAGACUAAAGGGGAUAACAACGACCGUUGAUCAUUAAUGUAAAUUGAUAUCUUGUUGAAUAUUAAUUUUCCCAUUUGUUAAUCAAAAGAGGCAAAAAAAGUGAAGCAAAAAAUAUCUAGGCCAUCUUUUUCUUCUUCUUUCAAACACAACUUUUUCAUUAACUUCAACUUGCUUGAUUACAAAUAAUAGAGGAAAUUGUCCAUUCUCUUUGAUUGAAACCAUAAACUAUAACAGCAUAAGAUAAAAAAAGAUAAAUCUUCAAAAGAAGAAGAUGACAUCGAACUCAAGACGGUGCUUGAAUGCGUCAUUGUAGCUUUCACCACAUGGUCGGACAUCAUAGAAACACCUUAAAUUGUGACGUUGACAUCAAAUCCGCACCUCGGAAACUCGUCGAAAUGAAUCCCGCUGCAUCUUCAGGCCCCAAACGGACCGCUCCACAAGAUAGCAAGAUGGUUAUAGAUAUGGACGAACACCUCCGCAACAUUGGAGGAAAAGCACUCCAUCUAUUAAUUUAUCGGAAGAUCAAAGAUUACAAGGAAAAAACCAAUGAAAUAAGAAAAUGAAUUUGGCAAGAACAAAGUAAAUCUAUGUUAACUCUAAUUCGGUGUGUUCGUAAAUGUUUUUAUUUUCUCUUUUCGAGCUUUUUUAUAGUUGAACUCGCUAACUUUUUUCUUCUUUUUCUUUAGCCGAUGUGGUUUUCUUUGCCUGCAUAUUUCUCUAUUGGGCUCGGCGUUAUGCAUCCUUCAAAGUAUGUGUUUUUUUUUUCCGAGUUGCCAUCUCGGCUUGCAAGGGUUACGAUUUCGGUUAAACCAGAAAUUUGAUUUAGUAUGAACCGAUGUUCAGGUUAAAUGUCAAACCCUUUUUCCGGUUUCCUGGGAAGUGGAAUUGUUUCCUCCUCGAAAUGCAAAAUGUUGAGGUUUCUUUGUGCAUGUUAUGUUCAAAUUCGAUUAGGAUUGCUUAGACUUAUGCAUACUUUGUGUAGGUGAUUCAAUCGUCAAAAAUCAUGUAAGACAACGAGAUUUUAUUCACCAUGUGUUCACCGUAAGGUUACUCAUAUAGGAGGGAAUCAGUGUCCCUCAACUGCAUCCACUGUAAGGUCU